GCCUGGCAUUCGAUCAGCUCGGCGUCUAAUAGCGCCCGACGUAGCGCGAUGAAGCACAGAUAAACAAUCUCACGAGUUCGGCCCAAGCCCAAUCGACGCCGCCGACCAAAAAUCGCGGCUCGCAGGACACGCGCCGUCAAAAUACCUGGAAAUCACAGCUGAAACCAGGCCUGACCACCCGUCAGGGACGCCCGCCGCCGACGCCCACCCCAGCUCCCAGCUCCCAUGGCCCACCGCCGCGGCUCCACCACCGAGCUCGCGGCUUUACUAGCGGCGCUCGACCUCUCCGCGUUUUUGCCGGCCUUCGUCGAGGACAAUUUGGACGACCGGUCCCUCGUUUCGCUGCGCGAGGGCGACCUGCGGGCGCUAGGUAUUCCGGCGACAGCUAGAAGACGGUUUCUGGAGGCCGUCGACGAGAGGAGGCAUGUGCCGGAGGCCCUCGAACAGCUCCGAAGGGACCGCGACGUGGCCUGGGCCGAAGUGGCACGCUUGCGAGCUCUCUUAAGAAGACGCCAGAAGCCCGCGGCCAUUUCAGCGUCGCCCUACGGCGUCGCGGAGCGGCGCUCGAGCUUCUCGCCGUCGCCGCCGCCGAGUCCCGCGCCCAGUCUCCAAUCAGCCUACAGCCAGCCGCAGACGUCUCCUGUACACAUGGGUUCGGAGCCCCCUACGCCGUCGUCCACGGUCACCUCAUUCUUCCGGUCCACGUCGCAGCUCACGCUACCGCGCAUCGACGACCGAAGGCGGACGGUUAACCUAUGUGCCUCGCUCAAUCAGACUGGGGGCUUUGCCGAGGCGGCUUCGUUCUCACGUCAAGCAGUCUCGGCAUCAAAAGCUGCACUCGGAAAGGAGCAUAUGAUCACGCUAAUGCUUUGGCAUUCGUUGGCUCAAAGUCUCUACCUCGACCGCGACGCUUCCCGGGAACAACUCCGCGAGGCCGUAGAAAUUUUGGAGCGCAUCUACAUUACAUCGCAGCGGGUCUUCGGCGGCCAACAUCCCCGCACGAACGAUAUCCGGUUCACCCUCUGCCGGGCGCGUGGUGAAGCUUUUUUCAGCAAGCUACGAAUCCGAUUUGUUAUACGCUUCAUCCGCUUUGUUAUAUGCUUCCUAAGAACAAAGGUCAAGUAAAUGCACCGGGU